CUAUAUGUUUGGUCGCUCUCUCUUGUGACUGCAAUUGGUGCACCAGCACCUCCACAUUCACUAGACCCAUGAUGCUCCUCUUCAUGCGUCGCCCAUCCCCUCGCCUUAAACGGCAUCACGAGCGCCCAAGUAAGAAGUAACGACCGUGCACCAUGUCGCAAGCCUUGCUUGCGCCCGUGCCCCCACCGCACGCACGUACGUACAUAUACGUUUAUACUGCUUCUCUCGCCUAGCUACCAGACCGUCAGGCCAUCAUCAGAUCAGAGACCGGCAGGUAGUGAGCUCGAUCGAUCAUCGCUCUUCCUGGUAAAGUCGAUCAGUUGAGUUGCCCCUCGAUCGCCUCGAUCCACGACGUGAUGCGCCGCCGUCGUGGUCGCGGGCUCCCCAGCUUCUGCCACGGAGUCGCCUCCACGUCCACGGUGCAGCAGCUCCACGGCGGCAACGGCAAGGAGCUGGUCGCUGCCGGCAGCAGCGCGGCGGGCGCGGACGCAGCGUCCUCGUCCUUCGUCGUUACCGUGCCGCCGCCGUCGUCGUCUGUGGUUGGUUCGUGCGUGGCGGAGACCGAGGUCAGCGGCACCGGAACAGGCGGCGAUGGUGGUGAUGGUCCGGCGGCGGUCACGCUUGAGCAGAUGAUCCUGCAGCUGGACCUGGAGGAGGAGGCCGCCAGGAAGGCGGCGCGGCGCGCGGCGGCGGGGGAGGGGACGUCUACGGAGGAGGGCUGGUGCCCACGGCGCAUGUCCUGCGUCGACGGCGGCGGCGGCGGCGGCGGCCCGGCCGACCACGUGCUCCGGUCGGCGCGGGACGCGCUGAGCCAGUACCCGCGCUUCUCGCUCGACGGCCGGGACGCCAUGUACCGCGCGUCGUUCAGCGGCUUCUACGAGGGCAUGGGCCGCGACCGCGACGCCAGUAAUAACGCCGGCCACCGGCCGGCGAGGGCUUCGGUGUGCUGCGCCGCCGGCGCGGGGCCGUGCGCGGCGCUCGCGUGCAGCGUGGGGGGAUACGAGAUGGACCUGGAGCGGACGCUGCGGCUGCCGGCCACCGUCGCGGGGGAAAGCGUGGUGUGGUGCAAGCCCGGCGUGGUAGCCAAGCUCAUGGGGCUGGACGCCGUGCCCGUGCCGCUCAGGGGAGGGCUCCGGCGGAGGAAAGCGAGCGGGCAACCCGUGGCUGCGUAUGGCGGCGUCGGCGGUGGCGUCAGGAAGCAGAGGCCGCGGAGGACGACGGGGCAAGAGGAGGAGCUGGCCUUGCACAAGGAGAAGCUCUUCAUGGCGUUGCAUGGCUACGAUCUUGUCGGGACGGGCGGGCGUCACGCUGGGGGCAUCAGGUCCAGCGUGGGGCCCGAUGCCGCCGUCGGUGCCAUGGGCACGGACGGCGAUGGCUGGGAGUCCCGGCUUCAUCGUUGACAGGAAAGUGUAGGAGACCGAUCCAUGUCGAUGUAGUACGCGUACGUCGUUGUUACUGUGUAUGGCUACCUCUUCUUUUAGAAAAGGUGUGGUUGCCUAGCACUUAAACUCGACAUAUGGAACUGUGGUUAUGUAUUUAUAUACAGUUUCUCACAUAAAUAAAUAUAUCCUUGUAAUA